UCUCUGCUUUUUUAAAAAGCUUUAUUGCACAAGCGAGCGAGCAAGGAAAGAUUGAAAUAACUCUGGAUCAGAGUCUUAUUCGUACUUGAACUAAUACAAUAAUAUCCACCCAGUGCCUCUCCCACCACAAGUUACCCAAGCCAGCCCCAAGAACUGCGGAGAUGUGGAGCAGAACAUCCAGGCUCUGCUGUCUCCGACAGGCCACGAGAUCCUCUCGGUAAUGGGGCUGGAAGGAUCGGACGAUUCCGACGAUUCACCUAAGAGGAUUCGUCCGAGGAGUCAGAAGACGACGAAGCGACCCUCAGCGUUGGAAAAGCGGACAAUUUAAAAAAGAGAAAACAAAGCAAGGCAACCAAGAAGUCUCUCGCUGUGAAUGUGGACCAUGGCAAGAAGACGUCUAUCGCCCGGGGCAAGAUCAAGACAGAGAGAUCUUCGGUCUUCACGAACAAAGCAAACGUGGAGACAGCUGCUGCCAAGCCUGUUGCGAUAGUUGUUUCGCCUGCACUGACCGGGAAGAUGCACAAGGAAAAACCGUCGGCUCCCCGUAAAAAGUCCAAAGCCCAUGUGAAGCCACUGAACAUCCCACCCGUGGUAUUCACGUUAGUAGAAAGCGAUGGAGAAAACAUCGAGGAAAAGACGAUGGAAAGUGUUGGACCUGAAGUGGGUGAUACUGAAAAAGAAAAAGUAGACGAGCAGAAGAGGAGGGACAGUUCAAUGCAGGACAAAGGACAGUCUCUCAAGCAUGAAGAAACGGAGGAUGAGAAAGAGGAGUUGGAGGAGGGGGAGGAGGUGAAAGAGAAGGAGGAGAAGGAGAAGGAGGUGGAGGAGGAGGAAGGGAAAGAGGAGAAGGAGAAGGAGGUUGAGGAGGAGGAAGGGAAAGAGGAGAAGGAGAAGGAGG